GCUGUGAACAGGAAACAACACGGAAUCUUCGAGUUCAGAAAGUGUUGUUAGCAAACUAGAAAAUUCAUCACAAAAAACUCUAUCAUACACAAAAACAAGAUCCAGAGAGAAUGGCUGCAGACUGGCUGGGCAGUCUGGUGUCAAUAAACUGUGGACCAACCCUGGGCAUGUACCAGGGAGAAGUGUCAUCUGUGGACCAGACUAGUCAGACCAUCUCUCUCAGACAACCUUUCCACAAUGGGGUCAGGUGCCCUGUCCCUGAGGUCACCUUCAGUGCUAUGGACAUCAGAGAGCUCAAGUUCCUGGAUAUCCAAACACAAAGUGGUGUCAGCAGAGCCAGUGCUGGACAGGGGAUCUUGUCUGAUCCAGGCGUCAUUUCUUCAGGGCAGAGUGGUCAGAAUAGCAGAGGUGGUUACCCUGCCAACAACACCCAUUCCACCACCGCUCCUAUUACCAUUUUACGCAAAGGUCCUCCAGCAUCAUCUAGUAACCGAGGGCCAAACCAGGCCACGCCGAAGAAGAACGGAAUGAAGAACGGAGUAGGAGGAGGUGGAGGGCAGAUGAGGCUCAGGGACGACGAGUGUUUUGGUGCUGACAUGGACGAGGGUCUGGACACAGACUUUGACUUUGAGGCGAACCUGGCACUGUUCGACAAGGCAGCCGUGUUCUCGCAGAUUGACGGCACAGAUUGCAAUGGGGCACGUUCCCGUGGUACGCCCGGUGGCGAACGCGGUACACCCACACGUUACCGUCACGACGAGAACAUCCUGGAGGUCAAACCAGUCGUCUACCGGCAGAUCACGGUCCCACAACACGGGGGCAAGGAGUACUGCACUGACUCUGGCCUGGUUGUCCCCAGUGUGUCCUACGAGCUUCACAAGUGUCUUCUGGCCUCAGCGGAGCGGCAUGGCCUGUCUCUGGAGCGGAGGCUGGAGAUGACUGGUGUGUGUGCCAGCCAGAUGGCCCUCACUUUACUGGGGGGCCCCAACCGGCUGACACCUAAGAAUAAUCACCAGCGUCCCACGGUGGCCCUGCUGUGUGGCCCCCAUGUCCAGGGGGCCCAGGGCAUCAGCUGUGGACGGCACCUGGCCAACCACGAGGUGGAGGUCAUCCUCUUCCUUCCCAACUUCGUCAAGAUGCAGGAGUCCAUCACUAACGAGCUCGCCCUCUACAGCAAGACCAGCGGCAAGCAGGUGGCCAGCAUCAAAGACCUGCCGGUCAGCCCAGUGGACCUGGUCAUUAACUGUCUGGACUGCCAUGAGAACGGUUUCCUAAGGGACCAGGCCUGGUACCUGGCGGCUGCGGACUGGGCCAACCAAAACAGGGCUCCGGUGCUCAGCAUUGACCCUCCAGUGAGUGGCCAGAAGCAGGCCGUGGAGGCCAAGUGGACCCUGUCUUUGGGCUUGCCCCUGCCUAUAGAUGGUGGGGAGGCUAGGGUCUACCUGUGUGACAUCGGGGUGCCCAAGCAGGUGUUCCAGGAAGUGGGCAUCAACUACCAUUCGCCCUUCGGCUGCAAAUUCGUUAUUCCUUUACACUCUGCAUAGCAGGACCUGCUACAACCUAUCAGCCCUGGCUGUGAACAGGAUUGUGUUGUCAUUCUAGUGAAAUACAGAAGGCCUUCUUAGAGGGUGAUGUGUACAGUUACUGAAAAAAGGUUAUGGGGGGAUUUCAGAAUGUGCACUUAAUUGUAUUGCUGGUUGGUAUAUGUUUUUCCUUUGCUCCCGGUAAAGGGAGAAGGGUAAAGCUCCAAGAGGAGGGCUUCCUGAUAAGGGCUAAGUGUGUGUAUUGCCCUCCUCUAAUAGCCCGUCUGAGUAUGUUAUGUUUACAGAGAGCUGACUAACCACUAGGAGUCAGUCUCUAUCUAUGAACCCUGACCGUGUGACCAGCCCUGGGCCUGAGACAUACUUCCUGUUUGCUACUGUAGAUUGUGUGGACUGGAGACCACAGGACCUGGCUGACCCAGUGCCCCACAGCAGAGCUCAAUCUCUCUCGCCUCUCUGGGAAAAGCCCUAUGAUCUGAAUUGGAGAUUUUGGUUGAAAUGCCAUAUUCUCACUAAAUUCAAUUGGUGUGUUUUUCUUAAAUGCCACUUUUUCGAUUGUAGCGAUUUUCAAUUGAAAUGUGUAAUUUAGCUAGCACUAAUAUCAACUCGAAACAAACUAAUUUGUUUGUACUCUUUUAUCUAAGAAGAAAAUGUUUAAGAAUUUGUGUGUUUUUGAUAAAUAGGGAAAAUAUUUUGGAUUUGUUUGAGUGCAUAUAUUUUCUAAGCUGCAUCUGGGCUAUAUUUUUAACAACACUGCAAUGAAAGAUGUAAAGUGGUGCUCAACACUUUUGUUUCAGUGUAUUUGUGUUAUCGUACAAACAAAUAGUUUCUCGGUCUUUUGCCCUUCUCAUAUGAAAUAUGAGAUGCCACAUACAGUCUUAUAAUAGUUUACAAGGGUAUGCAUAUGUAUCUGUUAAGUAGCUAUACACAGUAGAAAGGUACACAUGCUCUACCUCUGCUGCCGUGACUGUCUUCUUGCUUCAGGUUUUGUAAACAUGUCAUUUGCCAAGCAGUACCAUUUAGUUUACACUGAGUAUUACAGCAUUUGUCAAGAAACAAAAAAUGUAAGUUAGUUUUCCUAGUAGUAGCCAUUGUACCAUUUUUAAUUCACUUUCAGAUAGGCUUGGGUUUGUAUUUAAUUUGUGUUGGCAAUAUGCCAUUUCAAUUCUGAACACAAGUGUUAGAUGUGAAGCUAAACUGAGGGGCCACAGUAGAUAAGACUAGGAUUUUUUUUUGCAAUCAUUUUGAAAGCGGAUCUUUAAAUUCGCUUGAGCCAGACUUGGAUUUGUGUGAGACAUUCGGUGGUUGUGUAAACAGAUCUGUGAUUGCAGACCUGUUUGGUCACAUACUGGCCAGGAUGUCUGAAUUAUGUUUGCAAACAAUCAGCAAUUUUUGCAAACUCUCGGUGCAUCUUAGUAUGGUCUUAGUAUGGAGUGCAGACAUUGUGUUUUAGGGAGCUUUUGUGAAUGGGUUAGAUUUAGGUUUGGCUAUGUUUCUCCAAGGGCAGUUUUCAAUCACUGGGCAGUCAUUGAGGCUGACUGCUUUCUUAAACUGUAUUAUACACUUUUUUAUUCUAAAUCCAAUUAUUGGUGUGUUUGCACAUGUUUAUUUUCAUGGGUAGUCGAUGAGGAUUGAUCUAAAUUGAUCGGGUUACAACUUUGCAAACAUUCAUAUGACUUGGAAGUACUGUCUUGUCUGUGUAUCUGCUCUACAUUUCCAAACGACUAAAUCAGACUAUUGUUAAUAGUGCAUACAGUUCAUGUAAUACAGUGAAUCAAUGGCAUCUGUUGCCAAUUGUGUUCCAGCUGGUAAGACUCUUUGAGUUUUCUUUUAUUUUUGUUUAUCUCUGGUAAUGUUGCUCAACAAUGUCGUGCAAUGAGCUUUCUCACUUAUUACAAGUGUAUGUAGCCUAUUUUUGUAAAUGUAUGCCAUCUCACUUGCAGUAUCUGUAGUUGGCACCGCAGUAUUGACAUAACAUGUUAUGAUGUGAGAAUAUAACAACACAAUGUAUCUUUAUAAAGCAUCCAAAUCACUUAUUUUAGCCUAGUUGUUGGGCUCCUUGAGGCUGCUGCUGUUGUCAGCUUUGAGAGGAAUGCCAUCAUAUGGCCUGUUCCUGCAUGCGAUGCCAGAGAGUUAUGGAUGAUGAGGUGAGAAGUCUUACAGGAGAUUUUUUGUCACCUAAAAGUUCUACUUUCAGAAAUAUUUCCCAGGGAAAUGAUGGUCUUGUAUUGUGACACUCCAGCCCAGACAGAUUUAUUUUUAAGUGAUUUAUGGUCAUAUUGUUACAAAAGAUUUGCCAGAAAACAGGCCAUGUUUUCACACAGCCAGUUAGUCAUUCUUAAGGACUCUUAAGAAUUGUUUUUGGGAAGUGUCCUCUUGGUAGCUAGCAAUGGGAUAGUGGUUAAUCUCAUAUGAUGUCAUGAUGGAGGAACUAAACCAUUUUUGUUUGAUCAUAUCAUUACAGAUUUCAUCAGUUUUUUUUCUUCUUUUGUUUCCUUAAGUUUAUUUUGGGAGGAAUUGGUGUGUAAACUGUAAUAAUAAACGUUCUCCUUUAUCAUAAAGGAAUUUCAGCAAGGCAGAUUUAGCAUGUUACACAAGUAUUUGUAACUGUGUAUGCAGGUCUGAUCCAAGUUGACACUGUUCUGUAUACUGAGAUCAAGCUUGAGAAUUCUUGACUGAUAAACAUUAAAUGUGACACUGCAUAGAAAAUAUUCAAUUUUUUAAAGGGACUAUAUUUUUCAAUUGCUGUUAAUCUGUCUGUUGUAAUAAAGACCACUUCAUCCAUUUUUAUAUAGAAAAUACAGAGGGGCAAAAUGUGCCACAUGCAGUACUUUUGUAGGAAUUGAAUCUUGAGAGCACAUUUGAUUUAUUUUAUUUGAGCUAUAGCUAACCCACAGACCACAGCUACAAUUUUGUUUUGGGUGGAAAAACGUUUGUUACAAGAUCAUGCGUGGGAGUAUGUAUAGUAAUUGUUAAAGUUCUCCAAGUCACACUUUUUAUUUAGCUGCAGCAAAUUUACAGUCUUUUUGUUUAUUAAAUGGUCAUGUGGUUACUCUGCA